AUGGAUUCGAAGUGGCUUUUGAGUGCCAUCGUGCUUGCGACAGUUCAAAUAGCAGUUACUCAAACUAACCGUUGUGAAAACCUCCCGGACGGUAGAUUUAUAAAUGAUUUUACUGCGUGUGAUGGUUUCUUUACAUGCUUCAGAGGUGAACCAUUUCCUGGAACGUGUCCAGAAGGCUAUUUUUUUAAUGAAGAGGAGCAACUGUGUGACUUCGAUUGGCGGGUAAAGUGUUUGCUCUGUCCAGAUGAUCCCGCAGCACCGCCAACGUUGGAGCCAAUCGAAGGAAAUUGCGAAUUUUACGCGUUAUGCUUCCAAGGAAUCGGUUCGUUGCGUGAAUGUGCCGAUGGGACAUUGUUCGACCGAGUGCUGGGAGCAUGUGCUGUGGCAGAUACCGUCGACUGUGAGGCGUCUGUAUGUCCCAGCAACAUUAACCCAGAGACACCAGUGCUGGUACCAGAUCCAGCGGAUUGUUCGAGCUAUUUCAUCUGCUUGAGAGGUGAAGCCACUCCAGCACAGUGUGCGCCCACGUUACUCUUCAAUCCCGAAACACGGCGAUGUGAUUUAGAGGAAAAUGUGGAAUGUAUCGAAGGCGCUCCAUCUCCCACAUCGUGUCCUGCAACUGGUCUUCAUCUGAUUGGAAAUCCGGCAGAUUGUGUAUCUUACUUUGUUUGUCUGGAUGGUGUCCAGAGUGAUUCACCCAUAAAUUGUGCUCCGAACUUGAUCUUCGACAAAACAACAGCACAAUGUCAAUUACCGGACGAAAAUUCAGAAUGCGCCGACGGAUCAUCGCCUCUUCCAGAUCCGGUAGCACUCAAAGUGGCCACCGCAUAAUCGUGAGCCAAUCUGAUCGAUAGAUGGCGCAUAUACUAUGAAAGUGUUGAAGAAAACCAGUUUCUGACUCGAAUUACCGUUAAGCUACGUAUUGACUGUACUAGCAAGUACUCAAUUUUGAUUGCCUAUUUAUGAAAGAUUCAAUAAAAC